AGAUGUGUCCGGUUCACGACGUAGGUGGCGUUAAGGAAACAAAUUGGUGUUCAGGUGAUUCGUUGGACAAAGAAGGAGUAGCGUUUUGCUUUUAUGUUCUAGCUACGUCUAAUCUACUUCCGGCAAAAGUGGAGCAACGCAGAUAAAAUCUAGCGGGAUCUGAUAGGUUUAUGGGACAGAACAGUUCACAGCUGUCCAGCAUGACUUCACCUGUCCGUGUGAUCGUGGUGGGAGCCGGUUGUCGAGGGGAGAUCUACGCCCAGUUUGCUUCCAUUCAUCCCAAACGCAUGAAGGUUGUUGCUGUGGCUGAUCCGAGAAAGUUUGCCCGCACCAAACUGCAACAGCAACACAAAAUUGAGGAUAACAAUGUAUUUGAAGAAUGGCAAAGCAUAGUUGAGCGAGAGAAGUUUGCAGAUGCUGUGUUGAUUUGCACUCCUGAUCGCAUUCAUAAGGAUCCGGCUGUUGCUUUUGCAAAGAAGGGAUACCACAUUCUUCUGGAAAAGCCAAUGGCAACAACGGCAGAGGAAUGCACAGCAAUAGUGGAGGCUUGCACUCAGGCUGGUGUGAUGCUGUCCGUGGGUCAUGUUCUCAGAUAUGAUCCACUUAUUCACAAGAUCAAGGAGCUCAUAGAUGCGGGAGCGAUUGGAGACGUGAUUCAUAUACAGCACCUUGAGCCGGUUGGCUUUUAUCACUUUGCUCACUCGUUUGUUCGAGGUAGCUGGAGGAAUGAGGCAGAAAGCUCCUUCGCUCUGCUGGCUAAAUCGUGCCAUGACAUCGACCUGAUACAUCACUGGGCUGGAGCCCGCAAGUGUCUGAAAGUGUCAUCUUUCGGAUCUGUUAGCCACUUCCGGAAAGAAUACAAGCCAACAGGAGCUGGAGAUCGAUGCCUCGACUGCUCAGUAGAAAGAACCUGUCCAUACUCUGCAUCCAAAAUCUACGUGGACAGAGUGAAGCAGGGUCACACGGGCUGGCCAGUGUCGGUCAUUUGCCCAAACUCCCUCCCCGACAUUGAGUCGGUAACUGAGGCACUGAGGACUGGACCGUAUGGCCGCUGCGUCUACGAAUGCGACAACGACGUUUGCAGUAACCAGGUCGUGAACAUGGAGUUUGAAGGCGGCUUGACAGCUGCCUUCUCUAUGGUGGCUUUCACCGAGGAGAUCUGCCAACGGAAAACCACUAUAUACGGCAGCAAGGGGGAGUUGUCGUAUAACGGCCAUGAGAUACGCGUGUUUGACUUUUUGACCCAGAGAUCCACAAAGCACACAGCAAGCAGUGAGGCUCUCAAACACUAUGGCAUGGGCGGGCAUGGUGGGGCAGACUACCACCUCAUAAAUGCCUUUAUCUCUGCAGUGGCUAACAAUGAUCCGUCCAUGAUCCGAUCAGGCCCCCGGGAUACUCUGGUCAGCCACUUACUGGUGUUUGAAGCUGAGCGAUCGAGGGUGGAGGGCAGAGUGGUGCACUGUGGAGAUGUUGCUCGAAGCUAGAGGGCGACAAAACACCAGUGGGUCGAUUGUUCCGUUUUUUUUUUUUUUUUUUUUUUAAACACAACUUUUACAGGAUAAUAACAGGACUCAAAACCAAGGGACCUGAAUCAUGCGUGAUGUAUGUAUAACCUGAAUGAUGGCUGUGUUUCCCUGAAAGAGAAUGUACUGUCAUAAAUGUUAAUGUGAAGUCGACGGGUUGUGCCGUUCCUUUAAAUGUCUGUGUCAGCGUAUUACUCACAAUGAUGAGCUUCUUGUGCUACUCCGGGUAACACAUCCUUAAUCAAUGGAGGCACAUUAUAUGCUUUAUAUGACGGAACAAGAUAAUUAAUUCUUUCACUUUGUUCAAAUUUGUAAUCACUGUUUACCAAAACCAACAGGCAUCAGGGUGUCUACUCAAUUUUCAUUGUAAAAAUCUUCUUUUUUCACACCUUUUUGUCAUGCCUUUGUGGAAACGUACUGGGAAUUAAGAUUCAUUUCCCUGGUCAGUAGCUGUUAGUAGUUAUUAUCCAAAAACUAUUACUCUAUGAACAACAGACUGUUUACAAAGAUUAACACCUUUUAUCAAACACUUUCCUUGUUUCUCUCACUAUCAUGGCAAUAAUCUUGGGGUUCAAUCCUUAUUUGUUUGUUUUGUAAAAGGAUUUUACAAGAGAAUUAAAAACUAAUAAAUUGCAGCUCAGUUAACUUG